GAGAAUUAUUUCUUUUUUUUUUUUCCACCUUGAAUCAAGUUGUGAAACGGUUCUGUAGUAUAUUAUACCAGAUGUAUUUUUAUUGCAGUUACUAAUAUGUGUAGUACACUUUUCAUUUCAUGCCACGGAUAAAUUAUUUUCAGCACUCCACUGAAUUGUCAUGCUUGCUUUAUUUGUUACUAGUGACAGCUCUGUAGGACUUAAAGGAGUCUGGUUCGUUGUCCUUCUUACAGAUAAGACUGUUCAUUUCUUCAACAUGUGGAAGGUGGUGCUUCUGGGUCUAUAUACAGUAUUGGCUGUGAGAGGAUUGGCAAAGGGUGCUCCUUUCCAACCAGAAGAAAAAUGGAAACCUCUAGAUAACCCUAGAAACAGAGACCUGUUUUUCAGAACGCUCCAGGCUUAUUUUUCGGGCAGGGGUCUUGAUCUCAGAAAGUUCCCAGCUACUUUCACUAUGAACAAUGAAGGACCAAGGCCUGUCAUGUUCUACUCAGAUCCUAUCGCUUCUGCAUUUGCAGAUUAUGAAGAAAGGAAAAAUUCUUUUCCAAAUUAUUUCAAAGGCUGAAAGAUGCUGCUGAUCAAGGUAAAAGAGGAUGCCUUUUUCCUCUGAUGUUGUUACAUGCAACCAAGUGAAAGAUUGGGAUUCAAGUGAUUCUUGCUUCUG